AUGGGCGCCGCAGCAAAGGUCUUGCGCGCCAUCGUUAGAAACGAUGCCAUGCGCGAAGACCCUGUAGAAAUCUACAACUGGAGGGUCUUCGCGUUGGUUUGCGCUUUACAACGACUAAUCUGGUUCUUGAACGCAGCUUGUUUCGGAGGUAUGCUUUUCGGCUGGGACAUUGGUGCCAUCGGUGGUGUAUUGGCCAUGAAGGAGACCCAAGUACAAUACGGAUAUGCCGAGGCAGAGCAGGCAAUAAAGGACAAGCACGACCAGGACAUUGUCUCUACUCUUCAGGGAGGCUGUUUCUUCGCAUGUUUCAUCACCCCCUGGCUCGCGGAUCGAUACGGUCGUCGAUGGUCCCUCAUUGUUACUGGCAUGAUCGCCUGCGUGGGCGUAGUUAUGCAGACUGCCUCCGCCGCUAGCGGAAAUCUCCCUCUUAUGUUCGUCGGUCGAUUUAUCGCUGGUCUCGGUGUGGGCGCCGCCUCGAUGUUGACUCCCCUUUACGUCUCCGAAUGUGCCCCCCGUGCCAUUCGAGGUGGCUUGACUUCCCUUUACCAACUCUUCAUUGUCAGCGGUGUUAUGAUCUCGUUCUGGAUCAACUACGGGUCGAAGGCUCAUUUCAAGGGAAUUUCCAUCUUUGUCGUUCCCCUGAUCUUGCAGUCUCUCCCCGCUCUUCCCCGUUGGUGUGCGAAGCAAGACGACUGGGAGAGGAGUUCUUCCAUUCUUAGCCGGCUUCGGCAUCUCCCUAGUGACCACGACUACGUACAGCGAGAAUUGCAGGAUAUGGCCGAACAGCUCGAACAGGAGAGACUCCUUGUCGGCGAUGCCACGACCAAAGUACUCCUCAAGGAGAUGUGGCUCAUCCCCUCCAACCGAAAGCGAGCUCUCAUCUCCGCCAUGCUUAUGGUCUGCCAGCAGAUGACCGGCGUCAACGCUGUUAACUACUACGCUCCGCAAAUCUUCAAGUCUCUCGGUUUGAGCGGUGACCUGGUCUCCCUCCUCGCGACUGGGGUCUACGGUAUUGUCAAAGUCGUCGGCUGCUUGAUCUUCCUUACAUUUUUUGCCGACUCUCUCGGGCGUAGACGCAGUCUUUUGUGGACUAGCGCCGCCCAGGCUAUUGUCAUGUUCCUCGUCGGUAUCUAUGGCCGAGUUGAACCUCCCGUCGAGGGCAAGCCUAUUAGCGGAUUCGGUAUCUUCGCCAUCGCAUGUAUCUACCUCUGGGCCACCUUCUUCCAAUUCGGUUGGGGACCCGUCUGCUGGAUCCUAGUUAGUGAGAUCCCAACUGCCCGCCUUCGAGCCCUCAAUGUCGCCCUUGGUGCUGCCGUACAGUGGCUCUUCAACUUCAUCAUUGCCCGAACUGUCUUGGAGAUGAAGCGAACUAUGGGGACUGCAGGAUAUGGCAUGUUCUUCCUCUUCGGAUGCUUCUGCGCCCUCAUGGGUGUCUUUGUCUGGUUCUUCAUUCCCGAGACCAAGGGUCUCAGUCUUGAAAAGAUGGACGAGCUCUUUGGAGCCCCACAGGACCACGAGAAGAGGGUCGAGCUCGAGCGGGACGGCAAUGGAAGCACUCACGAAGCUCCGGCUGCCAAGCUCGGGUAG